UUACGCACUUUGUGUUGAAUCAGUUCAACAAAAUUAGAUGUUUAUUCAGGCGGAAGGACAUUUCAAAGGCGUCUUUGAAGUCACGCUUUGACAGACAAGAAUGGAAAAAGAACCUUCUCCGUCAGAAGAUAAUGACAUGUGCCAUAAAAGAAAGGAAUAAUUUAUUACCAUAAAAAGCGAGGAGUUUAUUAGCUUUUGAAACUAGAGCACGUCACUUAAGCUAAAAGGUUUUUUAAGAGAAAACGCUUGGUUCAAACAAACGUGAUCGCGCAAAUUUUAUCCUCUUGUUCAAAACAAAUCGAGCUUCAACAUGUAUCUGCUUGGGUCUCCUUGAAAGGACUAAAACCUUCUGUUAUCACUGAUGAACAGAAUUCUAAACGUAGGUUAAUUAGAAUUCCUCGGGGAAAACGUUCUUCGGUGAUAAUUGAAAAACAUCGCAUAAAUGCAUUUUAAUAACUUGCUGAAAUCUCCAACAGGAGCGCUUCCUGAAUAUUAAAAAUCAGAACAAUUUCCGCUGAACGUGUCUUGUUAUACUCACUAAAAACGCCCCGACAAAGACCGCAAAUUGCGUCGUCGCGCUUUCAUCUGACCCAUUUUGCGGAAAACCUUUAAUUCCGAAAUCUACCGCUUUGAUUGGCUGAUUGACGAGGUGGAACUCUAGCAAGAAUCCACCUGUCUCUGAAACAAAAAGAUAAUUGACAGUUUGACAGGCGCAGCAGGCAUGGUAAGGUUUGACAUUCACAAUUUCAAAGCAAAUAACGAAUGAGAGUCAUCAAUGGAUAUUACUUGCAGUUGCGGCUUUUCUCUGUGAAGUGACGGAUGAGGCUCUUGUUGGUUCAGUCGUAACAAAGAUAUGAGGCAACUGUGGAGAAGGAUUUCGGCCUUGAGCCAAUCUCUGGGUCCACUUUUCUUUCUACUUCUCGUCUGUUUGCCUGGAUUGCUUGGGAAAAAAUCAAAAUGUCAAAAAAUCACAAUACCUCUCUGCGCGAACCUCGGUUACAACAUGACGCAGUUCCCGAAUUUUAUGGGCCAGGAGAACGAAGAGGAUGCGGCUACAAAAAUAAACGAAUUCGCGCCGCUGAUUGCUGUGAACUGUGCGCCGCAGUUACGAUUUUUUCUGUGCUCCAUGUUUGCACCAAUGUGCGCCGAGGGAGUAGAUCAUCCGAUUUACUCCUGCAGAUCCAUGUGUGAGGCAGCGAGAAAUGGAUGUACCCCAGUGAUGCAGAAGUUUGGAUUCGACUGGCCUGACAUUCUAGAUUGCAGUCAGAUGCCUUUUCAGGGUGACCCUAGAGCCAAGAGCGACCCUAGCAAAUUGUGCAUGGCUGAUCCAGACAUGGAUCACAAAGCGAUGAACAUGUCGGAAUUUUGGAAAAAUAUUGAUUCUUUGGACCCAAAGUAUAAAGAAGUGUUGAAAAAAUUAGGACAAAUUCCCGGUUCAUGGACACCUGAUCAGUCAACAGUUGCACCGACUACAAGCGAAGGCACUAAAGAAAUAUAUCCUAAUCAGACAGAUAUUGGGGCCGUGAGCAUUCCAUCGUUAUGCAAAAAUAAUUCAAGAAACCUGCUCGCCAAGAAGUUUGUUCGCGUUGAAAAAUAUGACCUUUGCGUCCCCAGGUGCGGCGAAGACGUCUUCUUCACUCCGAGCAACAGACAAUUCGUGGAGACUUGGGUCACGAUUUGGUCAGUAUUGUGUUUCAUUUCCACUGCGUUUACGGUUCUUACGUUCGCUAUCGACACGGCAAGAUUUAAAUACCCCGAAAGGCCAAUUAUUUUCCUGUCGUUCUGCUAUAAUCUCUACUCGAUCGCCUUUAUAGUCCGCGCCAUCGCGGGUACGGAGAACAUUAUAUGCGACAAGGCUAACCAUCAUGUAAUAACAGUGGGUUUGAACAUUGCCGACCACGCAGGCUGUUCAGUGGUCUUUUUGAUGCUUUAUUACUUCGGAAUGGCCUCAGCGCUAUGGUGGGUGAUGUUAACGUUCGCCUGGUUUUUAGCCGCAGGAUUAAAAUGGGGACAAGAGGCGAUCGAAGCUAAAGCUACUUAUUUUCACAUCGUGGCUUGGACUGUGCCCGCCGUACAGACUAUCAUCGCCCUUAUCAUGAGAAAAGUCGACACAGAUGAACUCGCAGGGAUUUGUUAUGUGGGUAACAGCGAUCAGCAAAACCUAGGGGGGUACGUACUCGCUCCGUUAUGUUUCUAUCUCAUUGUCGGAACACUGUUUCUCUUGGCGGGCUUCAUCGCGCUCUUUCGAAUUCGAACAGUUUUAAAGAAUAAGGAAACUGACACGAACAAGCUAGAGAAACUUAUGGUCAGAAUCGGAGUGUUUUCCAUUUUGUACACUGUUCCAGUGACUUCAGUCGUCGCUUGCUAUUUUUACGAGCACGCAAACAUGGAACGUUGGCGGCUUAACGUCUUGCAAUGUCAAGGGGACGAGAACUGCAUGGAGGAUCAGGGCCCGAGCGUCGAACUUUUCACCGUAAAGUACUUUAUGCUAUUAGCGGUUGGCAUCACGUCGAACAUGUGGAUUUGGUCCACAAAAACGUGCCAGUCUUGGCGAAAAUUUUAUAUAAAAAAAUGUCGAGGCAAAUCCGAGAAAUCUUCCGAGAAAAAACCGCUCACACAACAAAACUCCACAAACAGUUUUAAAACAAAUCAUUUUCGCGAUCGCGGAGCGGCAAACCCACAAGUUCCCUACACGUUUAACGCGCCAGUCCCUUGUUCACAAAGCUCUUCAACAGCUGUCACAUCAUUGCCAGUUCAUUCGCCAUCAAGUUUGCCUCAGAGCAAAGCAAGUAGCGUUGCGGCAGGCGCUACUGUGUAAAACAAGGCUUAUGUUUCGUAUGACUGUGCGGUAAAAACAGAAACCUAAUCGCGGUUGAAAGUUUUCUUUUCUUAAAGAAAACAGAUGAAUGUUUCAUACUUGACACCUUCACACGUCUCAGAUGGCUGAUUUAUGCGAUUAGGAACUCUGAUAUUCACCGCGCCUUCGAGGAAGGAGUGAUGUCUCUGGUUCGGAUGAUUUAGCGACAGUGUCACAUGAAAUAGUGCAAAGGUAAAAAUGAAUCAGCGUUGGUUAUGAUGCAGAGAGACGAUAUCAACUUGAAACAAAACUUGAAAGCGUGUCACGUUUUAUGGAUUUAAUUACUUCCACUUGAGAAAAAGAAUCUUUUUGAUGAAAGAGUUUGUUGAAUAUCAAAACAGAGGAAACAGAUACACACGAAAUUCGCGCACGUUCACAUCGAGUCGGAAAAAGGAGAUUUAAGCAAAUGCGUUUCAUACUGCUUUCGCCGUUGACAUAAAGAUAGAGACAGAUUACAACUAUUGAAUCGUUGGUAAAUCAUUCCGCUUUAAGUGAUAACAGUGUUAAGAGUUCCCUUAACUAAAUGAGGCGAGAACAUUUACAACUUCUUAACUGCACAAUACAUUUUUAAACGGUUGGAAUAACAGUACGUCUAAACGUUGUGUUAUCCUCGAAUUCACGCUGCGUGGCCUUGUUGUUAGUUGUUAACUUUUGAUAUGUGGAUUUUUCGCUCAGGAGGGGCCAAGUGUAAUUACAGAAGGGAGCGUAUUUGCAAUUCAUAUUUUUGCUAGCUUGUCAACAGAAGAGAUCACUUAAUUCACAACAGGUUCUCGUGUAAAAAACGCAGUCAUCCGUAUUACAGCGGUUCAGUGUUAAAUGUAUCGAGAAUUUUCAGUCAUAACUAAAAUGGUUAAGGUAUGUCGCCUACAGACGAGCUUGUAUUAUGGAAAUGUUAAGGGUCACGCUUUUAUUUUCAAUUAUUAAACACUAUUUAUAUCUGACAUUUAAAAUUCAUCGUGCUAUUCAAUUUAAUUCACCCACAUUUGUCAUUCACAGCUUGAAGUUUUCAGUACGUCUGAUUUUUCGCUUAUUCCCGUUGUGAUAGAAAAUAACGCGAGCCUAUCGUUUUCAUAACUUAGAGUUCGCUAUUCAGAUUUCGAGUGAAUGAAAAUGAAACGACUGCUGUGUAUUAAAUUUCUGUGGCAUUUGAAAUCUAGGAGUUUACAAAGUCGGAAAGGGUUUUUCAUGAAACUGUCACUAAGAAGCAAACAUGACCAUUAGGGUGUUUUUUCUUCAACAAGUAUGAAUGAUUCUCCACCUGGUCGAAUUGAAACCACGCAAUCAAAAACUUUCAAAUUCAUUGAAGUCAACCGCACUAUAGUUUUUUCUUAAUAUAACCGUGAUAAAAGGAGUUACAACUGUGGAAUAUCAGAAAGGACGGUCUCUUUGAUUCCAAUCCAAUUAAUAAUUUUCAAAAACCGACGCAAACACAUCUUUUAAAGACAGGUCAUUCCUGGGUUAGUCCACGGAAGACGUCUGCCAAGCCUUGUAGCUGUAAAUACAGAACAUUGCUUAUAUAAAUCUUGUUAUGGGUGUUAUGGAUGUCUCCGGUUCUGAAGUGAAUUGCUCAUGAAUAUCCCUCAAUGUACAUUUCGGUUUCCGGCACAAACGCCAGGUCUGGCCUCUUUUGAAGAUGUUGUUCUUAGCAAAUUCAUUAACUCGGAAUAAAAGACUAGAAGUGAAGGAGUACCAUAUUUUUGGUGGGAAAUCAAAACCGAACUUGAGAUUGUUGUCAUACGGCGUAAAUGCCCUUUUGAUGCCAAGAACUAAAACAGGGAUUACAAGCUGGCUUAAAGAGACAGGUCUUGAGACUAUCGAUUGUUUACGAGGUGGUUUAAGGUUAUAUUUCACGACUCUUUUGUCUACGUCGAAGCAGAAAAUUUCACAAUGACGCUCUGAAAACUAGAGUGAACGAAAUAAAGCUCUUCUUCAGCUAU